UCUGGAUCMGACUAAAGCAAAGAAUGGGAACUAACAAAAUUCGGUAAAAAACUUGGAUUUUUACAUGCCAAUCUAACGAUUUUCCCUCGAAUCAAAGAUCUUUGAACAUUUAUCUUCACUUGGAAAAUGUCAGGAAUAGCACUUGGUCGUUUGUCAGAGGAAAGAAAGGCUUGGAGAAAAGACCAUCCUUUUGGUUUUGUGGCUAAACCGGUAAAAAACGGCGAUGGAUCGCUGAAUUUAAUGAACUGGGAAUGCGCCGUACCGGGCAAGAAAGGAACUCCUUGGGAAGGUGGUUCGUAUAAACUAAGAAUGAUCUUCAAAGAUGAUUAUCCUUCAUCACCACCAAAAUGUAAAUUUGAACCUCCAAUAUUCCAUCCCAAUGUCUACCCAUCGGGUACAAUCUGUCUGUCUUUAUUAGAUGAAGAAAAGGACUGGAGACCAGCAGUCACUAUUAAACAAAUACUUUUAGGAAUACAAGACUUACUAAAUGAUCCCAAUGUCAAAGAUCCAGCUCAAGCAGAAGCUUAUACAACUUAUUGUCAAAAUCGAGCAGAAUAUGAGAAGAGAGUGCGAAGUCAAGCAGCAAAAAUGUCACCAACAUAAUGCAUUCCAGCUUGUGGCACUAAGGUUAAAUGUACAGUCAGGAAUCACCGGUGUCGAGUGCUACAUCUUGUAUCAGUCCGAUACUUAAGGUGGCUCUGAUAGUUUUUUCAGUGAAUUUGGAUUUUGACAAAUAAAGGAGUUUUAGUUGACUUCUUGUAAGGAUAUGUUGCUGGUUUUUUCAAUCUUAUCCUUAAAAUUCAAUAAACAAGAUUUAUGGACAUGGUUACAGUAUUAUAUAUGUAUGACCAGCCCACCAUCAAUAGAAAUCUUGUUGACUUUAAACCAACCUUUUGGCAUGGUGCAAAAAUUACAAUUAAAACCAAGUCUAGUCAUAUAGUUUUAAAUUAAAAACUAACUUAAGGUACAUGUACUUGUUCUGGAUAAAGUSGGUGUCAUUUAACUAAAAGGGCAUAUCAAAGAAUUUAAUCUAUAAGARUUUAUAAAGCAUGCAAAAGUUUAUGGGAUAUUAUUAUUCAUAGAUGUUGAUUGGUAUAAAUUCUAAUUAGCCUAUGUUGUCUCUAAUAAUUGGAGUUUAUAAAACUGUCUAGUACAAAAGAUAUUUUAUAAGCAAAGCUCAAAUUUUUGAGGAAGCAUACUUUACCAUUUUUCUUUCAGCUAAAACAUCUAAUAGUUAUUCUAAUGAGGCAAAUUUAAAUGUUUUUGAUGAUCUGUUCUCAAACUCAUUUAAUAAUUCAUGACUUACCUGUUCAAUCAUUUGAUCUCUUUAGGGUCACGUGUAUGCAUUUGGAUACCUUGAUCCAACACCACAUGCAAAUGAGAUCCAUCUCCUAGGAUUUGGAUAUCCAAGUCCUAGGAGUUUCCUCAGAUAUCCAAAUCCUAGAGCUGCAUUCUUUUUUUAUACAAAAGAUUUCCUUCAUCUGACUUUUUCUAACUUUUAUAUACUAUUUUCUCUUUUUCUUCUUACUUUCUUUUCUCUUUCUCCCUAAUCUAAUUUACCUAACGAAUUAACAUAUUACAUUUAUUUCCAUUUUAUUUUUACCUUUUGUGUUGCAGCGCCGGUGACUCGAACCUUUGACCUCUUGCAUGAAAUCUCAUAGACCUACCAACUAAGCUAUUUGUGAAUUGGUUGGAUAUUAGGAUUUUAUUCUAAUGGUCAUUUAUUAAUCAAUCAUUUAGUUUCAAAUAAUGCAUGCUUAUCAGCAUUUGCGUUAGUAACAAAUAUUCAGGCAURAAUGGACAGUCAACUAACUACAAAUACUGUAGAAAGCUAAUUUUUUAUUGAACAUAAAUAUUUUAUUAUACUUUAAUUAUUGUAUUAGAUUGAAGUUGAUUUCACAAUUGGUGAAGGUAUUUCCUUCCAAACCAACCUCAAAGCACUCUUUCUCUUCAGUUCUCUAUUUUCUGACUCAAUUCGUUCAGCUGAAGCCAGUCUUAUUUACGAAAAUUUCACACUAUUAAUUAAAUCAUGCAAAUUCCCUUGCUUUCUAAACAUGCUUCUUAUUGCUAAUGAGUCAUUCAUUAUUAAUUUGUUUGAGAAGCCAGAUCAAAAMCUCGUGCUUCGUGUUUCAUCAGGGGAAUCCAAACACCUCGAAACAGAUAAAAGCACUCGGCUCAUCAGUUCCUCAGUAUUUGGAUCCCCUGAUGAAACACUCGCACUCGUCUUUGAUCUAUUACUGGAGAGCUUUCCAUUAACUUCACUUCCAUCUCAUGCAGCAAAAACUGCUGUCCAAUUGUCCUUUAUUUUUUAAAGUCCAAAUUCACCAGAAAACUGUCACGAACCAAUACUCAAUCCUUAUUGUACAGUUGAAUACAAUAUACUGUAAAUUCAUGUACAUUUAUCUUGCUAUUUCUUGAUAGAACAUGUAAUCAAAUUCAUGUCAUUUGUCAUAUUGUUUUGUGUCAAUACUAAUGCUAUACCAAGUCAUCUGCUUGCCAUUGUUUAGGGGAGAUUGGUUUCUGUAAACCCGUGAAAUGGAUAUUUACAGGGUUCGUCCUUCUGGAGUUGAAAACUCGUUUGCAAGAGCGCUUAAAAAAGCCCUUAAAAAUGGGGAAAAUGGCUAAAACUCCUGGAAAACUACUUGAAUCUGAUAAAAUGGACAUUUCUUGUUGUUAGCUUUUGGAUUGAAAUGUAUUGAAAUGAUUGAAAAUUGGCACUUGAAAUGUCCGCUUAUAAAAAGGACUUGAAAAGUCCUUGAAUUUUGUAGUGAAUAUGUAGCACGAGCCCUGUAUUUAGAAUAGGGAAAUCCGUUCAGGGUUUUGCAAGAUCUUAUCCGACUUGUUUAGUAGCUAUUUGUUAAAUAAAAGAAAACAAUUAUACGA